AUGGGUUUGAAAGAUCUUUCUCGACGUUUUAUCGAUUUUUUAAACAAUAUGGAUGCCAGAAAUAAUAUGACAAAAGCUCAACUUUUAGCAAAAAUUAAUGAAUUAACAACAACGUUCGAGGAACAAAAAAAUGAAAUAAAAAAAAACCAUACUAAUGAAACCAAAAUCGAACGAAUUAAUGAAAUGAGAAAAAAACAUGAAUACGAAUACAAUGAAAGAUUGAAAGAAAAAGAUAAAAUUCACAAACGUGAAAAAGAAGAAAGAGAAAGAACCUAUAAACGGGAAACCGAUCUUUUACAACAAACUAUCGAUCAUUUGGAACAAACUAUUCGCUCUUUACAAAUUAGUACUUCCGAAUAUUAA